AUGUCGCCGCCGCCGCCAGCUGCUGCACCGCACGACGGGGACCGCCGCAAGAGCCUAGGCAAAUACGUGAAGCGCAUGAGCAGCGUCUUCAAGAAAGAGAAGUCGAGCAAGAGCGUGCCCCAGACCCCGGGUGCCGUGCCCGAGGCCGAACGCCAGCCAUUGCAGCUUGCCGUCCCACGGGAAGAUGCGACGCAGCAAGUUGAAAUUGGGCAAGAGAUCGCCAAGGCCGAGUCGAUCAGGCAAGAACAGCAAGAAUACCCAGAACAGCCUGAACAUCAAGAACAGCCUGAACAUCAAGAACAGCCUGAACAGCCUGAACAGCCUGAACAGCCUGAACAGCCUGAACAUCCAGAACAUCCAGAACAUCCAAACCACCCAGAACAUCCAAACCACCCAGAACACCCAGAACACCCAGAACAGCCAGGACAUCCCACAGGGGAGCCUGCCGCUGCCCCUGCUGUCGCCAACCAACGCACGCCUACCCCCAGCUCUCAACCGCCUGCGCCUGUCCAAUUCACCUCCCCCCUCGACCGCAAUGCUACCCCCCACACUCAACCGCCUGCGCCUGUUCAAUCCACCUCCUCCCUCGACCGCAAUGCCAUGCAGAAGGAGCGCGCCCGUGCCCUCUUCGCCAAAUACGGACUGACGCUCGAGUCCCACGACUGGAUUGCCGCCUCUGCACCAGCCCCAGCCCCUCUUGUGCCUCGUGUGGAAAAGGCCAUCCGUAUGCGCGUCCACCGGAGCUGCCACCACUGCGGAGCGCUCUAUGGCCAUGAGAAGGUGUGCCUGCAGUGCGAGCACAAGCGUUGCAAAAAGUGCCCCAGAUAUCCCAAGAAGAAGGCGCCCGCCGACAAGACCAAGGACAAGGGCGCUGUCGAGCAGCCUAAGAAGAAGAAGGUCUUGACCCUCACCACCAGGUCCGGCAACGAGCUCGCCUACCAGCCCGCCACACAGCGCGUCAGGCGCACCUGCCACAAGUGCGAGAGCUUGUUCGUUCCUCCUACCGCCACCACCUGCGCCUCGUGCCAGCACGCCAGAUGCGCAAACUGUCCGCGAGAGCCUGCCAAGCGCACCAAAUGGCCCACCGCCUACCCGGGAGACGCUGACCCUGAGACGGACGACGACGUCAACGUGGAGAAGCAGCUGGACCAGUUUCGCCGCAUCUGGCGGAAGCCACGACGCAUAGUACGCUGGGAGUGCGAGCAAUGCCACAGCAUGUUCCGCCAAGGCUCACCCCACUGCCCUGGCUGUGGGCACGAGCGUUGUGACCAAUGCACCCGGUCCCCUGUAAAGAAGCCCAGGCAAGACGAGACGUUCGACCCUGCUGUGGUGGCGGCCGUCGAAGCCAAGCUCAGAGCGCUGGGUGUCGAUGACGACCCUCCCACCUCCGAGCCUGAGCACGUCUGA